UCCUUCCUCGCUUUACUCUUCCUUCAACCUCUUCCUUCCCCACCCUGUGCCCUUCUCACCUAUCUCACUCUUCUACCUCUUCAGGCUUUUCUUCCUUUUCUCUCUCUUCAUAGUCUCACUACUAUCCUUUCUCCCCUCAAGUUCCGUUUCGCCUCUUCCGCUCUCCGUUCCUCCGUCAAGGUCCAAAGUAUUCUUAUUGAGCAUCGGAUUUGCUCACUGUCCAAGAAAACUUUUUGA